AAAAAAGCCCGUUCUUCUCGUCUCAUCUCAUCUCAACUCAACUCAACUCACUCCUCUUGCUACUAGCCAGCGAGACGAGACGAGACCACCCAGAUAGAUAGACGAGGAUGUCGGCCUCUUCGCCGAGUGGCUGGAAGGUCGCGAGCCCCUGGACGGAGCAUCGGAAUGCGCAAGGCCGCGUCUACUGGUACCACCAGACAGAGAAGCGCAGCGUGUGGGAGAAGCCGAGCGAGCUCAAGACGGCCAAGGAAAGGGCAAUUGACUCGACGCCGUGGAAGGAGUACCAGAGCGGGGAGCGAAAGUACUAUGUCCACUCGGUGACAAAGGAGAGCAGCUGGUCGCUGCCCAAGGAGCUCAAGGACCUCUUCGACCAGAUCCCUGAUGAGGAGCAGACGCAGUCGCCCGGCCCAGGCGCAGCAGACAACCAGAGUCCAGCCGCCACGGCCAUGUCACCACAUGGCGCUGCACCCGCGCAGUGGCAGCAGGUCGCUCCCGGAGCAUCGACAGCGGCGACACCCCGACCGCCCAUGGGAGUCCCUGCUUCGGCAUCCCCGCUUGGGUCGAUGUCGUCCCCCGCCGGUGCCACCGCAGCAAUGCCAUCCCCUCUCCCACCUACCCCUGCUUCCGCUGCACCACUUUCUGCCUCGCUCCCCGCGCGGCCCCCACCACAGGCCGUCUCGGCCUCGGUGAGCAUCGCGGGUGGCGAAGAGGCCUUUUUGCAUCUCCUGCGCGAAAAGGGCGUCGAUGCGUCGUGGAGCUGGGAACAGACGAUGCGGGCCAUCAUCACGGAGCCGCUGUACAAGAGCCUCAAGACGCUGGCAGAGCGCAAAGCUGCCUAUGGCAAGCACAUUGCCGCCCUCAAGGAUGAGGAGGAGGCGAGGACGAGGGCAAUGGCUGCCGAGGUCGAACCAAAGGUCAGGGCCGAGGUCGCGGCCAACGCGGCUAGAUUCCCCCACUGGCUCUCGUACGAAGGCGUCGUGGCCCGGGGUGGCCCACGCACGGCCUGGAAGGCCCUCGAAAAAGUCGGCGAGCGCCAGGCGAGAGACCUGUGGGAGACGAUGCGAAGGGAGCUGAGGGACAAGGAGGAAAAGGCGCAGCGGGAGCUGAGGCACCGCAACAUGGACAUGCUCAUGUCGCUCCUCAAGACGUUUGAGGCCGACGUCAUGACGCGCUGGAAAGACGCCAGGCAGACAGUGAUUGAGUCGGAGGAGUGGACCACCGACGCCCAUCUGAGGAGCAUGGACGUGGGCGACAUGAUCGAUGUCUUUGACGAGCUCAUGAAGGGCAUCGAGCGCGACAAGACGCAGGAGAUGAAGGACAAGGCCAAGAAGAGGAAGCGCGACGACCGAAAGAGGCGCGACUGGUUCAGGGCCAAGCUCGACGGGCUGAAAAAGGAGGGCGUCUUGACGAGGCGAUCUGUGUGGCCUGACGUACAUGCGCGGGUCAAGGACGAGCCUGAGUACAAGGAGAUGCUCGGACAGCCGGGCAGCACGCCCCUCGAGCUCUUUUACGAUGUCGUCGACGAGCUCGAGAGCAGCUUCAGGGCCCUCGUCCACGAUGUCGAGGAUGCCCUCUGGUCGAGCAAGGACAAAAACUGGAAGGUCAAGGAGGACACGACAUGGGACGAAUUCAAGGCAAAGAUCGACGAGGCUGCUUCGCACACGCUAAAAGACAAGCAGGAUGACGAGCUGAGACCUGUCUUUGACGAGCUGGUGCACAUUGCAGGCCAGCGUAAGAGAGACGAGCAGAGGCGGGCCGAGCGAAAGCUGCGCCACCUUUCAGACGACCUCCGGUACGCCCUCAAAAAGGUCGACUUGCCGGCGUUUGACUCUGAAGAGGAGCUCGAUGCCAAGAAUUGGGCCGAGUGGAAGGUCGUGCUGGCAGGGCUGGACCUGAGGGAAUGGCAGGCGUUUGAUCAAGUGCAAUCGAUGGGCGAAGACGCCAUCGACGAGGCAAGAAAGUCGGCGUGGGAGAGGUUCGUCAAGCGUCAAAAGAUUGAGGAAGCACGAGCGUCUCUUUCCUCGAGAAAGAGGAGAAGCGAUGCGGCAGACGUCGGGGAGGACGAAGGCGCCAGUGGGAAACGGCGGCAUCCCGACGAGGAAGGCAAGUCUCGGAGCACGAGCAGAAGAGAACGCAGGACAGGGGCAGACCUCGAUGCGGACAAAGAGAAGCAGCAGACUCGCAAGGUGCGUAAUGAGCGGUGAAGCUCAAGGAGGUCCGCAGACACUGACCCUGUUCUCUUCGUCUCCAGCGACCGAAGACGGGAGAAGGAAACGGGAAGGCUAGCGAAAG